UCCCCUUCUGCUGCUCGGGGAAGCCGCUGGGCCGGGGCCCAGGAGAUGCCCUUCUCCAGCGGGGCGCUACCAGGAUGCUCCAAGCAGGAGGUGACGUCCCAGUGGGGGGGACACGAGGAGAAGGACUGAGACACAGAGGAGCUCUCCUGCGUGAAGCAUGUUCGGGGGGAGACAGGGGGCUGCAGGUUGACCUUCCCAUCCCGUAACUCCCUCCCUGCCCAUCCCUAGUCCAUGGGUGCCCCCCUCCCCGCCCUCCCCUCCUCCUUCAACUCCAGCGCCGAGGAAGCCGAGCCGGAGGCAGUGCUGAGCCGGAUAUGCAGCGACUCCCCGCAUCCCUCCUUGGCAGAGCGCGGUGACGCCGCGGCAGCCACCACGGAGAGGACACAGGACCCCCCCUUGGGCCCGCCAUGCCCCUUUGAGGGGGUGGCCUGGACCCCGAGACCCCCGCAAGGCGCCCCGCAGGGCUGCUUCGCCUGCAUCGCCAAGCCCCCAGCUCUCCGGCAGGCUUCGCCCGUCCUGUCUCCUUCUUCUGCCGUUUAUCUCAUGGAGAGCAAGAGCUGCAAAGGGGACAGCCUGCGGCCAGCGGUCCCGUGCAAGCACUCGGUGGAGAAGAAGACGAUGACCAACCCCACCACUGUCAUUGAAAUCUACCCCGACACCACCGAGGUGAACGACUAUUAUCUCUGGUCCAUCUUCAACUUUGUAUACCUCAACUUCUGCUGCCUCGGCUUCAUUGCCUUGGCCUAUUCACUGAAAGUCCGGGAUAAGAAACUCCUCAAUGACUUAAAUGGAGCAGUUGAAGAUGCCAAGACAGCCCGGCUGUUUAACAUCACCAGCUCAGCCCUUGCCACCUUCUGUAUCAUCCUUAUCUUCAUCUUCCUGCGAUACCCUCUCACUGACUACUGAGUGAGGCCAACAGCAGCUGCUGCCGCCAAAAUGCCUCUAUGCCAGAAGUGUCUGCAGUUUCUUGUAGCAAGGACACACAAAACAAGCCAACCACUACACCUUGAUUGCCAAAAAAAAAAAAAAUCUCAAUUAAAUACAUAAAUAAAUGUUAAAUUAGUUUAUCAGCCCAGCUGAGCAUACCUUUCUUGCCCUGAAAUGGUAUGUGAACAGCUGAAGGAAAGGGUCUCGCUCUUACACAUGUACAGGAAGAAAAAUAGACGAAGAAAUAUUUGUUUUAUGGCCAACAAGCUGUGUGAAAAGAGCGUGUAAAGCCCAGAGCUGCACACACUUAGUGGCAGACAGCUGAGCUCUAGGAAGCAGUGGGGUCCUGUGGAGCUGGAAACACAUACAGUGAUGGAUGGGGAUCAUGGCAGGGCUGGCUUACAACAUAUCAGGUGUGUUCAGACUGCCCCACCACCCCCAGCUUGUGGGGGUUUCUUUUCCUUUUUUUUUCUCUUGAAUUUCAUCCACUGGUUCAAACAACUCCCAACCCCUGGAGAGCUGAAUGUGUUAGGAAGUUUAUGCUGGAGAGCCCCAAAGCCUCCAGAGAAACCCCAGAGUGUUAAAGGGCAGGUUUCUCCUUAGGAUCUCCCAGCAGUGCUGAGAAGGAAGGCACCUUCUGGAGAACUCGCCUAAGCCACCUAAUUGGAGUGCUACUGUAUUUCUGUAAACAGUCAAUAAAAAGAUACCUCUGAUA